UAGCGGUCUAGGAUAAGCAAUUGAGCUGACUAACUUUUGGUAGCGCGUGCGAGUGUCAACCAUUCUCGGUCACAGCUUCCACGAUUUGGUGGUGCUCAUAGGCGGGCCAGCACAGAGAGAAAGUAGAAUUCCUGUUACACUUUGUUAACGCAGCAGAUCACGAUCGAUGCUUGAUGACACCCCGGGACCUUUUGUUCUCUCUAGGUAAAGCUAUGGACGGUGGAGGCCAGAGCACCCGCCGGCAGGUUGGAAAACUGAUAUAAACGUCUUCCUUCCGGGCACAAUGCUGGACGACACUUGUCAGAUAACUACGUUGACUUUUCGAUAUCUGCACUCGCCAUGUCUGAACAAUCUGAUCGCGCCCCCGCCCCGGACCAGGCUGAGUCUGACGCCUGGUUUCCCUCACCAUAUUCCCUCACGCAAUAUGUGCCUCCGAAGACUGACUUUGACGGUGCGGAUUAUCCAAAUCGUUAUGACGGUGGCAAGUGGAAGAUCCUCCUGAUUGCAACACAAGAGAGGUAUCUCCAGAUGGCUGGAGGCGAAUUCUUCUCUACUGGUAACCAGCCUGUCGAAAUGCUCUUGCCAGUACUCCAUCUCGAUGCAGCUGGUUUCGAGGUCGACAUCGCGACCGUCUCCGGUGAUCCCGUCAAACUCGAGAUGUGGGCUUUCCCCAAGGAGGACGAGGCGGUCAAAAAAAUAUACGAAAAGUAUAAGAAGAAGCUCCGGCAGCCGCUUGAUCUGCAGAAGGUUUGGGGUACUGGAUUCACAAAGGAAACGCCAUACAUCGGAGUCUUCGUUCCUGGUGGACAUGGCGCUCUCAACGGCAUACCUUCGUCGCCCACGGUGGGGAACGUUCUAAGAUGGGCCGACGCAAAUCAACGUUAUUUGAUUACACUUUGCCAUGGACCAGCGUGUAUGUUGGCUGCCAACAUUGGAAAGCCUGAAGGCAGCAAAUUCAUCUACGACGGUUACAAGAUUGAUGUCUUCCCCGACUCGCUAGACUCCGGAGUCAACAUCGAGAUCGGGUAUAUUCCGGGAAAGAUGUCCUGGCUUGUUGGCGAGGAACUGCGCAAGCUCGGCGUCACUAUAAUCAAUGAGAAAAUGACCGGCGAAACCCACCGUGAUCGCUAUGUCCUCACAGGCGACUCGCCACUGGCCUCGAACAACCUGGGAAAGCUAGCCGCUGGCGUACUCCUCGACGACGUUGCCAAGCGUUCUUGAAGUGUCUUUGACGGAGGUCCAGAAAUAAUACACCCUCAUGGGUAUGAUCCGGAGGAAUCCAUGUUGAACAAGAACUGGAUUUGUCCAGAGGUAGUUUCCACU